CGGCACUGAGGGCCAUUUCUUCAAGUUGACGUGUCGCCGUGUACCGCUGGUAGUGCGAAACAGUUUCCACACUUGCCGGAUCGAUGUGCGAUCAGAAACCGUAGACACAGGCCUCGGAGACGUACUUCCCUGAUUCUGCAUUGAGGCGAAAGUCGAGGGGAACAAUGGAUAUACCUGGCGAGGAAACAGGUCAGGUUUCAUGCAUCGUUCGACGCUGAAUGCGAUCAGAGGCGCACCGCUGACUUGAUGGCGGAACCUGGAGUCGCGCUGCGCACCAGAACCGGGUUCGACUGCAUUGUACUCGACUACGGUAGAUGGAGUUGAUCCGGAGAAGAUGGGUGUAUCCAGCUCCCGGUAGAAUCCGCGAAGGAGCUCGUACUCUUGAAAUGCGGUUCGCUCAGCGUCGCACCAUUCUUCGCACGCCUCCGAGAAUCGCGUCUUGAUUGGCUAGCGGCG